UUACCUCCCUUGGCAGUCCAUUACAGUUUGGAUGCAACAAUUUCACUGGCUUCAUUUCGUUGAAGUAUCAUCAUUAGGUUCAUUAUUGUUUAGGAAGUCUUAUUCCUUCUUUUAUAUAAUGUCAUUUUUAAGAUGACACACUCUGUUGUUAUUUCGUAGUUUAUGGUAGAGUGAUACAAAAUGGGUGCUGAAACUAGCAUUCUGGAAAACUGUGAGAUCGGAGCUAAGCUUCCUCUAAAAGCCGAUGUUGAUUGGGUUGUCCAGGAAGCUGUUCAGAAAAAUCCCAAUUUACCCCGUCUGGCUAUCUUCACUAAAAAAAAGAAGGACUGCAAAAGAGAAGUGGAUAUAAUUGCACUUAAUGCUAAACAACUGAAAGUACUGCGUCAUCCAGCAAUCGUCCGAUAUAUUUUGUCAGGUCACUCAGCUGAUGGCUCCUAUCUGGUCACUGAGUUUGUAAAACCUCUAGAAACAGUGACUAAAGACUUGUCUCCUGUGGAAAUAUGUUCAGGCUUUUAUAACAUUAUUGAUGCUUUGGUUUUCCUUCAUGAAACAGUUGAAAUCUCACAUAACAAUAUUUGCCAGUCUUCAAUUUUUGUGACAAAAGAUGGUACCUGGAAAUUGGGUGGAUUUGAACAUGCAUGCCAUUUUGAACAGCUGACACCCAAGUUUUUGGAAAAUUGUCGAGCUCUUCGUAGUCAAAGUGCAAUCUCACCUGAGGAAAAGGCUGAUAAUCUAUGUAUUAGUUCAAAAGCAAUGCAUGUAUUGGAUGCUUACUCUUUUGGGAAACUUGCUGAAGAAUUCUUUGACCAACUCAAAGAAUUAGGAGACCUUUUUAAAACAUUUGAAUUGCGAAUUCAAGAUGAGUAUCUCAGUCGAGACCCAAAACAAAGACCACCAUUAAAAUGUUUGUUGACUGAUCGCCUUUUUAAAUACGAAAACCAUUUUCUUGAAGUUAAACUUUUCCUCAAAAACAUCACAUUAAAAUCUAGCGAAGAGAAAACAGAUUUCUUCAGCCAAGUUGUUUCAAUGCUGCAGGAAUAUUCUGAAGAACUGGUUGGGAGUCAGUUGAUUCAUUUAUUGCUUUCUCGGUUUGUUGUCUUGAACAAAGAUGCUGAAGAGUUCUUGCUUCCAAGUCUUCUUAUUCCUCAACAAGCUCAGAAUAACGAUUCCAGUGAGAAGUCAAGCAGCACUCCUUGUUCAUUGUCAAUCUUCAGUAAACCCGUAUUUAAAAAGUACGUCAUUCCAGAAUUGGUAAACAUUUUCAAAGUCCGUGAAGUUCAUAUCCGUCUACUUCUUUUGAAAUAUUUCCGUUAUUAUGUUGAGUUAUUUGAAAAAGAAGAAAUUGAGGAAGUAAUUUUCCCACAGUUGCUUCUUGGACUUCGUGAUGUAAAUGACAAACUAGUGUCUGCCAGUUUACAUGCUGUGGCAGACCUUGUUCCAAUAUUGGGAGGGGAUACUGUUAUUGGAGGACCACAGAAGCAAUAUUUCAAAGAAGGUAAACCCAAGAAUGUUCAAAGUGUAAUAAAAGAAGAAAAAUUAACUUCAGUAAAGCAAGCACUUAAAAAGCCGUUGUUGAAAGAUCUCGCAGCCUCAAUAAGAAGUCCUUUGAGGAAAUCUAAUAAACAUACAGAUGAAGAAACAGAUAAAAAACAUUGUAAAGUAAUUCUUGAAAAUAAUGACAAGGCAGCUAAAGUGAUUGACAGCGUACCCAAGAAAGAUUUUAUUAUUGAAGAUAAUUCUGUAGAAGUGAAAAUUACUGACCCUUCAGCAGAAGUGAUAUAUGAAAAAUAUAAACCAGAUGAUCCCGAUAACUGGGUAGAUUGGGACAACCCUGAAGAAUGGGAUGAUGAUGAAAAAAAUCAGUAUUUUGAACGUGAAAUUGAAGCUGAGCUAGCUCAGAUGAGUUCAGUAGGUGAUUCUGUUAGAAAUAAGAAGCAACUAGACAAUGAAAUUCUAAGAAACGCUGUCAAUGAUAUCCAUUUGAACUCAGCAGAUGUAACUUCAGUUAAUAAUACCAACUCUAAAUUAGAUGAAACUUGGUCUUCAACAGCUGACUUUAAUAGUUCAUGGGCAGGAGACCAGCCCUCAAUAGAUUCAAACCUCCAUGCACUGACUGUCAUUAAAACACACUCUAGACAAGAAAUUUCACCUAAUAGCCUACAUUAUUCUGCCAAUGUGUCUAAAAACAUUUCUGCCAAACAACUUGGUGAAGAAUUUGACAUCAUGAAUAUUAAGGUACCUAAGAAGUCCCAAGAAAUUGACUAUUUUGCUGAUAUGCAGCCUGUGAUAUCCAGUUCUUCCAAAGCAGAACUGUCUGAAAUAGCUCUUUCUACUAGUCAUUCUGAUGACUCAAAUUUUAAAGAGGAACAAAUUUUGAAGAGUUCAUUGUCUUUUGCUAUUUCAGAAGAUGCUGCUGAGGUAAACAUAGACGGCUGGGGUGACGAUCUAAACUGGGAAGAAAUAAACUCUAAAAUAAAUUAAUAUUUAUAAAUUUUCA